UUUCAUGAGACCACACAUGCCAAUGAAGGACCUUUAUUUUUAACAAUGUAUAGUUUUCAUCCAUGGAACACUUUUAAAGAUUAAGGUACUAAAAGGGUGUUUCCACUGUGAUGCAGUGGAAGAACCAUUUUAGGGUCCUCAAAGAACUUUUCAGGGAACAGUUGCUAAAACAAUAAUUUUUCUAAAACAUUUUAAUAAUCCAUUUUGUUUGUGUGUGUCUUUAAGGAAUCCAUCAAUGGCAAUAAAUAACCUUUAUUUUUAGGAAAUAAUAUUUUCACUGAAUAAAAGGUUUUCUUUUUUAUGUUCUUCACGAGAACUGCUGACUGAAAGGUUCUUUGGGGAACCAAAAAUCUUCAGCAUUGCCGCCAUAAAAGCUGGUAAUUUUAAUCUCAGUUUGCCAUUUACACAGGUUUGAAAUGAGACACAACAGAUUUCUUGGCUCAAUCCCCAGAAGAUGGAUCUACAUCGGUGAGAGCAUUAAUUCAUUGGCUUGGUUGAACCUCAUUUCGAGGGCCAAAGUCAUUAGCCAAUAGCGGUUCACCGGAUGCCACGAUCCUCGCGACUCUGCCAGCUUCAUUAGCUUGUCUUCUAAUUUACCACGUGGACUGGUUACUGUCCGGCCAGGAUGACCUGUACUCUAUACAUCCAAUCAGUGAUGAAUAUUACAGCAGUUUGGCAGGGAAUCCUUUGGGACUCUAAUGCCAAGAGAUGAAUUUUCAACUCCAGCAUAAUGUAGUACAGAGAACAUCUAUCAAGGCUUGUGGGCAUGCUGGCACUUUUGAGAAAAAGACAAGCCUCUACUACUCGAUAAAAUGUAGUCUGGGAAAGUGUGAGGAAGAGAAGAUAUUAGUGCAAACUGAUGGAUGAAUGACUUUAUUUUGUAAUGUAAAAACUCUUUUUUGUGGUUCAAGUAGACUUCAUUUUCCCUACUGCACGGCACAGUUUCAAACGUGUAUGAUUAAAUAUGAAUUUAGCUCCACUUCAAAGCCCCCUGGGAGAGGGAAGGAGAAAUAAUGCUAUUGAAUUUGUGUCACGUAUUUCUGUAGAAUAUGGCCAUAAUUGUCUUCUUUAUGUUGUUCUACACAGAAAUUAUAGCCGCGGAGCAUAAUUUAUUGCUGUCGAGUCUAUUGGGAUAGUCGGAGCGAGACAAAUUUGUAUGUGUAGCUCUUUUCCCCUAGUAGGCUAAUUAUUAGUCGCUAAUGGAGGUACCACAAGAUCACAUACCUAUGAAGGAGUCUUUGAUCUGAACUGCUUAAAUCCAAAUCUCUUUUUUUUCUUCAUGCAGGAUUUGGUCACCAUUGUGUCUUCUUCCGGACCGCUGUUUGGUCCCUAGCAGGGCUCCUUCGUGAACAUUGAGCUGAUUAGCGAGAAGACGGCUGCCUAUUGGUGCCAGAGUGUGAUGGAACACAAAGCUGACUUUCCUGACAAUAUUGUCAUAUCCAGCAUAAUGUGCAGUUACAACAAAGAUGAUUGGACCAAGCUUGCCAAAAUGGCAGAGGAGUCUGCCGCUGAUGCCCUGGAGCUGAAUCUAUCAUGUCCUCAUGGAAUGGGGGAGAAGGGAAUGGGGCUUGCCUGUGGGCAGGAUCCAGAGCUGGUGUGGAACAUCUGUCUGAGGGUUCGGCAGGCUGUUCAGAUCCCGUUCUUUGCCAAACUCACCCCUAAUGUGACCAAGAUCAAGGCUGCACAGGAAGGUGGAGCAGAUGGCAUCGCAGCCACCAACACGGUUUCGGGGCUGAUGGGACUCAAGGCAGACGGCUCUCCCUGGCCUGGCAUCGACCGAGGAAGGCGCACCCCAUAUGGUGGAGUGUCUGAAAAAGCCAUCCGGCCAAUCGCAUCACUACUGCACCGAUCUGAAAACCUUGAGGAGCUCCAGGAUUGGGACGGCCUUUCGCCACCAGCGGCCCACCAUCAGAAACGAAAGCCUGUGGUCGCACUAGAGGAAGUCAAAGGAAGGGAUGUGAUAGCCAAAGAUCUGCAACACGGCGCCUAUCAAGAGCUCAACACUGAGGAGCAAGUGCAAGCUUUCAUCGAUCUGGAGAUGUGCGUUAACUGCGGGAAGUGUUACAUGACCUGUAACGACACUGGAUACCAGGCCAUUGUGUUUGACCCCGAGACUCAUCUCCCCAUGAUUCAGGACAGCUGCAGCGACUGUACUCUGUGCCUCAGCGCCUGCCCCAUCUUCGACUGCAUCAAGAUGGUUGCCAGGACAACCCCUUAUGUGCCAAAGUGAGGCCUCCUUCAAGCCAUGGAGCCUGUGUGCUGACAGAAAACCCCAGACAAAAAAACAGUCUAUAUCACAGCACUAAAUUUACUCUGUAAUUGCAGUGUAAAGAAUUAACUUUGUUGUGGGGUGGGGGGGUGCAAAUAAUUAGAUUUAAAAAAAAAUAAUUGCCUUAUUUUCAGGAGCCAAUUAUCCAGAAAUAAUCUUAGGGGGUGUUAUUUUGAAACAAUAGCAAGGCGAUCUGUCGAGGUGAAGUUCCUGCCUCUCAUUCUCUGAGGGCUGAUGGAAAUGAAUCUGGCUGUUUAUGCAGAUGUGGGAAGACCACGCGUAUCCUUUAACAAGAGCCACAAUGAUGGAUCGUCCACUACAUCCAGAACAGAAUGCAAUCACAUAUACAAGAGCUGCUGAUGGGAAAUGAGGAAAUGAAUGGAUUUUAAUUGAAUGGUGGAUGGUUGGGCUCGGAAUCACACUCGAUGUUGUUUUCCAUAACGCAUGAUGAUUAGAAAAGGUUUGUUUGAUGUUAUACAUGCUAUAUUGUAUGCAAAAAGCCAGUAUACUUCUACAACUAAACCUGAAGUAGUAGUUACCUAAUUGACAUGGAUUUAAUGUAUUUCCCUCAAAGCCUUAAUAACAAAUGGUUGAUUUUGAUUGCAUUAGCCAUCUGGACAGGGUCAUUUAGAGAGCCGGUCUACCUCAGUAAUAUGCUGAACAUUUCGAGUAAAGGUCAUCUAUGACUAUUUCCAGACAUUAGAGAUGAAGACUAGCUGUUAUUCAUCUUGGACCCAAAAGGUCAAGUCUGACCACCUCUAUCUCUACAAAUACACGGCCCAUCCGUACCGCACAUACAAGCCCCUAGCUUGCUCUCUAUGAAGCAGACGAUCAAACACAGUGAUGGCCGUGCACUUGUCCUUAACAAUGAUGAAUGAAUCUCAUGAAGAAAUGUCUUGGUCAUAUCUCAGCCCCAAAACAUACAAAAUCAUAGCUCAUUACAUAAGAAAAUUAUUAUUAAUUUUGAAAAUUCUCAUUACUAUAAUGUGGAAAAUCAGUAACUGUCUUCUUGUGUGCAUACA